CAGUUUUAGAGGAGCCUACCGUAUUCGUGCUCAACUGUCGCUAACUCGCUUUACUGUAAAGCGUGUUGGAGGUCAAAUGGAGCGAAAUGAAAAAGCAAUAACCAGUUCGGUAUGAAAAUAUGAGUGCUUUAUUUUCAGAUGCGAUCUAGAUUCAAGUUGCUCCAGACAUGGAUAACAACGAUCCGGGAUCGGGUGGUUUCAAAGGCGGACUCGGAAAUCUCUUUGGAGGGAGUGCGCCUGAAUAUUCCAACACCGAACUAGCUGGUGUACCAUUGACAGGAAUGAGCCCUCUCUCUCCUUACCUUAAUGUCGACCCACGCUACCUGGUUCAGGAUACAGAUGAGUUUAUCCUGCCAACAGGAGCCAGUAAGACCAGAGGAAGAUUUGAACUGGCCUUCUUUACCAUUGGUGGCUGCUGCAUCACAGGUGCUGCGUUCGGCACGGUGAACGGUCUCAGACUGGGCCUGAAGGACACACGGGACAUGGGCUGGUCAAAACCUCGUAAUGUCCAGAUUCUGAACAUGGUGACUCGUCAGGGUGCGUCAUGGGCCAACACACUGGGCUCAGUGGCAUUGCUGUACAGUGUAUUUGGUGUGGCCAUUGAGAAGGCCAGAGGAGCCGAGGACGACAUCAACACAGUGGCUGCUGGAACACUCACAGGGAUGCUCUUCAAAGCCACAGGAGGCCUGAAGGGAGUGGCUCGCGGCGGUCUUGCUGGCUUGGCCAUGUCUAGUGCCUACGCUCUCUAUAACAACUGGGAUCACCUCACCGGCUCAUCCUCCUCUUCAAGUCUGUACUGAACUCACCACCAGGUGUCCUCAGUCACCUUUUUUAGCUUUCCCAGAAUCACUGUCCACUUCUGCUGAAAGGAGCGUUUUGCGGUGCUGAUGGAAGCAAGUUGUUGAACCAUGGACUGAAUAACGACUUGAAUUCCACUUCCACGCCCUCCUAUAGUAUGUGCCCUUUCCCCUCAAGUUUCUGACAAGUUCCCACCCACUGGAGGAGUCUCCCUAUCACACACAGUCAACAAUUUUAAUUUUUUGUUUUCCCAGCAAAUAUAUGUGAAAAGUUAUUUGGUAGACAUAUGAAUCUCCUUUGUCUUUACCGAUAUUAAUCCCAAGUUGUUGUUCCAACUCAGCGGAUGUACAUUUAAAAUUGGGCAAGGUUACAUGUCUGAUUGCCUACAGUUGGAGUACAUUAUAUUAUUAAUAUCAUCAGCCUAGUAGUGUCAUCAUAACUUACUGAAAGCAUUUCACCCCAGCACAGUCUUAAAAAUUAUACUGUUGUAACGAAUAUCCAUUGGGUGAUAGUUUAUUGGUAGUUAGACAUGGAAGCCUGGAGUGAGUAAACAUGACCUCUCAAAGGUAUGGUGCGUGUAUGUGUGUGUUCUCUUUGUCCAGGUCUUAUUUACCACACUGUCAAGAAGAACAGAUACCACAAGUGUUUUGCUAUUAUAAACUUUAAUUGGUAAAUAAACUAGGUAUUGUGUUAAAUAAAGAAGUCAGAUCAGAGGCUUGUAGAAGCCACUGCUGUGCUGUC